CUCAUAGCCACACGAGGUCCACUCCAAUAUUCGUUCGUACUCCAGGAUGAGACCCGUGACCAGGUCGUCAAAAUCACAUACUACUGUUCUUGCUAAGAUGCCCAUAGACUCCUUUUAUAAUAUAAAGAUAAAAGAUGCCCAUUGGGGUAAGGGAUAAUGACACGGUGAAGUGGAGUGGAAGACGACUCGGUGAUUUAUUCAGUAAAGGGCUAAAGGCUUACUAAAGGGAAAUAAUGUGGACCAUUAAGUCAUGGACAAGUUCCUUCAAAGUAGUAAGCACUAGCAAUGUGAUUAAGUCGUAAAGAUAUCUUUGAGUCAUCAUUGCUUCCACACUAAUAUCAUUCCACUAUCUAUUUCUAACUUCAUUCUAUAUAUAUAGUGUAAUUUUCGUACAGCCUAAGGCACGACGAACUGCACUUUGACACGGCUUCCGGAUGAAGAGCAUCUUGACAAAAGUUAACAAACGCAACGCAUGCUUACCGUGGAUUCUCAAAUCUCAUGUGGGCCGGGAAACAAGAUGGUUCUAGUUGUCCUUAGCUUUUGUUAAUUAAUAGAUAGACAUGCAGCUUUGUAACCAGAGAUGCCAAGUGCAUGCUACAUAACGCAUUAUACAGUUUCCAGAAAGAGCCUAGAAGCGCGAUGAUACACAUGUGACUUUCACCUUUUUUUUGUUUUUGUUGCUUGCGAACGAACGAUGCUGUCGGCGCACACGUUAACGGUGGGGAAGCCGGUUGGAUCUUAGCACAUGUACAUAGAAAAAAAAAAUUGUAGGCAGAACUUAUGUACAGUAAAGCUCGUAGAGCACCGGCUAUUGCAGCAUUCCCGUUGGCCAUAACGAUAAAUCCACCAAAUAUUAAACAUGUGAACAUGGGCGACAGAUCUGACCUGUGGAUUCGUUAUUACUGUAUCGAACCUACUUGGUAAUAAAGUAUACAUACAGCGCAGUACGCAGUUCGCUCUUAACUUUGACUCUGAUGAGCAUCAUUUUUUAAUCGUGUCUGAUAAAAAAAUGCUGGUUUACGCAAAUGGUAGGGUAACCGAUUUCACACAGACAACAAAUUAAACCACCGUACUGGUCUGGUAGACAAUUAUUCUUUCUUUCCUGCCUGUGGUUUGGUCCUCUAGCUUUCACAAACGCACAAACGGUCCCAUCAGUUCACAUCAUCUAAAACCAAAGUGGAACUGUAUACAGGACAGGAAUACAGUGUCCACAUCUGGACCCGUCUGCGGUUUUUGCCUUGUGCCGUGCGCGAGCAUCAGAGAUAGUUUAUGCGCUAGUGAGUGCGUGUCAUCAAUCUAGUUAAAACCACAAGGAGCGGAACCAGAAUUAAUAAAGGUACCACACCAACCUCUCCCCCACUUACUCUUACGCUUGCGCUGCCAAGCUCUCCGAGGUCCAACAAUGGCUGCGCUGCUCUAUCUCCAUCCCUAUCUCGCGGUUCUUCCACUUCUGAUCUCCCCGAUCUGCUCUGGCGCUUCGCCAUGGCGAACCAUGACCACCGGCUCGCACAUGAGAGGAGAGGACCACGACAAGGUCACCCUCCUCUCGCCCGACGCUACCUUCUCCUGCGGCUUCCACGAGGUGGGCACGAACGCCCUCACCUUCUCCAUCUGGUACACCCCCAGCGCCAGCGCCAGCGCCACCGAGAGGACCGUCGUCUGGACGGCGAACCCCUACUCCGCAGAGCGAGGCCAGCACUCUCCGGUGAACAAGUACGGCUCCAGACUGUCGCUGAACCGCGACGGCAACCUGGUCCUCACGGACACCAACGGGUCCACGGUGUGGGAGACCAAGACGUCGUCGGGCAGGCACACGACGGCCGCCCUCCUCGACAGCGGCAACCUCGUGAUCCGCGACUCCAGCAGCGGCAGCAACAAGGUCGUGUGGCAGAGCUUCCGCUCGCCGACCGACACCCUGCUCCCCGGGCAGGAGCUGACCAAGGACACGAGGUUAGUCUCCGGCUACCACCACCUCUACUUCGACAACGACAACGUCCUGAGGAUGCUCUACGACGGCCCGGAGAUCACCAGCAUCUACUGGCCGAGCCCCGACUACAACGCCCUCAAGAACGGCCGCAACAGGUUCAACAGCACCAGGGUAGCGGUCCUGGACGACCUGGGUACUUUCGUAUCCAGCGACGGGUUCAGGAUAGAGGCUUCGGAUUCUGGUCCAGGGGUCAAGAGGAGGAUCACGAUUGGCUACGACGGCAACUUCAGGAUGUACAGCUUGAACGCGUCGACGGGGGCGUGGCGCGUCACGGGGCAGGCUGUCAUACAGAUGUGCUAUGUGCAUGGACUGUGUGGGAGGAACGGGCUCUGCGACUACCUGGGUGGCCUCAGAUGCAGAUGCCCCCCGGACUACGAGAUGGUCGAUCCGACGAACUGGAACAGAGGAUGCAAGCCCAUGUUCUUGACGACCGACGACGGAAAGGAGUUCACCUUCGUUGAGCAGCCUCACGCUGACUACUACGGCUUCGACCUGUCCUCCAACGAGUCCGUCCCGUUCGAAGCCUGCCGGGACAUGUGCUUGAACAGCAGCGCCUGCUUGUCGUUCACGUACAAGGGCGGGGAUGGCUGGUGCUACACUAAAGGCCUACUCUACAACGGCCAGGUGUUCCCGUACUUCCCUGGAGACAGCUACAUGAAGGUACCAAAGAGUUUCAACAGCUCGGCGGCCUACUCAUCGAUCUCCAACCAGAAAGAAGCCCUCACCUGUGGGCCGGCGGGUUCUGCUGAGCUGAUGCUGGGACCGGCGAGCAUGUACGGAACAAAGAAGGACAACAUCAACUGGACAUACCUGUACGUCUUCGCUGCAGUGCUGGGAGCUCUGGAGAUGCUUGUCAUCGCGACAGGCUGGUACCUGUUCUUCAACAAGCACAGCAUACCCAAAUCGAUGGAGGACGGGUACAAGCUGGUCACAAACCCGUUCAGGCGGUUCACGUACCGUGAGCUGGCGGAAGCCACUGGGAAGUUCAAAGAAGAGCUCGGGAGAGGAGGCGCCGGGGUCGUCUACAGGGGAGUGCUUGAGGACAAGAAGGUAGUGGCGGUGAAGAAGCUUACGGAUGUUCGUCAGGGAGAGGAGGAGUUCUGGGCAGAAGUGACCCUGAUUGGAAGGAUCAACCACAUAAACCUGGUCAGGAUGUGGGGGUUCUGCUCGGAGGGGACCAAGAGGCUGUUGGUGUACGAGUACGUGGAGAAUGAGUCGCUGGACAAGUACCUCUUUGGCGAGAGAAGCGCCGAAAGCCUGCUUGGCUGGAGCCAGAGAUACAAGAUCGCACUGGGCACGGCGAGAGGCCUCGCCUACCUACACCAUGAGUGCCUCGAGUGGGUCGUCCACUGUGACGUGAAGCCGGAGAACAUACUUCUGACCCGGGAUUUCGAUGCCAAGAUAGCAGACUUUGGGCUGGCCAAGCUCGCGAAGCAAGGGAGCACUAGUCUGAACUUCACCCAUAUGAGAGGCACCAUGGGCUACAUGGCGCCGGAAUGGGCGCUCAACUCGCCGAUCAGCGCGAAGGUUGAUGUGUACAGCUACGGGGUCGUGCUUCUGGAGAUCGUGACUGGGAUCAGGGCUUCGAGUGGCAUAGUGCUAGAUGAGAGGCAGAUAGACUUUCGGCAGUUUGUACAGGAGGCUAAGCAUAUCCUGUCUACUGGGAGUGUCAGUGAUAUCGUUGAUGAUAGAUUGCAAGGCCAUUUUCACGCGGACCAAGCGGUUGCGAUGGUCAAAAUAGCCUUUUCAUGCCUCGAGGAAAGACGCAAGAGGCCAACGAUGGAUGAGAUUGUCAAGGUGCUCAUGUCGUGUGGUGAUGACGAUGACUACCAUCCUGCUUAUUCAUAUUGACUUGCAACAGAUGUGAAGGUUUCCCAAAAGAAAACAGAUGCAAAGAUUUGAGAGGCAGAGGCAAGUGUACCUUUGAUCAAUGAUAGAAGCUGAACUGAACUGACUGAUGAAAUAUAUUCGAAAGCGUGCCAAAUUGUGAUAUUUGUGUAGAGUAUGUUGGGGUAUCUCCAUAUCUGGUAGAUUAAAAUUGAGUAAUGUUGUUUUGCUCUAUUUCUAAGGGAGGUGUCUUGCCCUAUAAGUGGAAUACUAUAAUAUUCUCUCCGUUCCAAAUUAUAAUUCGUUUAACUUUUUUA